AUGGAUAUUGAGCAGUGCAGAGAGGCGUGUCGACAAUUUGACUGUGCUGCUGUCAAUCUCUUCCAAAUAGGAGAAUUCGCGUUCAAAUGCGAAAUUCUCAACAGUAUCUAUGGAAUGCAACCCGCCACGGGGGCUGCUUGCUACUACGCCUCCGACGCAAUGGGUGCUUACGGUUAUGGCGGUUACGGCGGCUACGGUGGUUACUUCGGACGAAGAAAGUAG